GUGCGCCCAAGCUGCGCACCAUCGUCAAGAUGGGCGCCCUGACCAAGGAGGAAGAGGAGCGCGUUGCUAGCAUGGACGUUCAGCUCCUGUGUUUGGCUGACCUGGAGACGCAAGGCAGUGCAGCACUCCAGGACGACAUCCCGCCCGAACCUUCUGACCUCUGCACAAUCUGCUACACGAGUGGCACCACUGGGCUACCCAAGGGCGCCAUGCUUUCUCACGGCAAUAUUAUCGCCGAUAUUUCUGGUCUGGUUUUCCUUACGCAGAAUGUUGUCAACUGGGGAAAUUCGACAGUGCAUCUUUCGUACCUACCGCUGGCUCAUAUGUUUGAAAGAGGUGCCCAAGCCGUUGUGUUUGCCUAUGGUGGUCGAAUCGGGUUCUUCCAAGGCGAUAUCAAACUGCUUAUGGAAGAUCUUGGUGAGCUCAAGCCGACGCUCUUCCCGUCCGUCCCCCGUCUGCUCAACCGCGUGUAUGACAAGGUAAUGGAUGGGGUUGCGAUGUCCUCGCCGAUCAAGCGCGCAAUCUUCAACCUCGCCAUGUCGCGGAAGCGCAGCGAGGUGAGCCGCGGUGUUAUUCGCCGGGACAGCAUCUGGGACAAGCUCGUCUUCAACAAGAUCCAGCAGCGUCUGGGUGGUAACGUGGAGGUGUUGGUGACCGGUGCUGCGCCGAUUUCUGACGCUGUUCUAGACUUCCUGCGCUGUGCCAUGGGCUGUCCCGUGCUGCAGGGUUACGGCCAGACGGAAAGCUCGGCGGGCGCUACCAUCACCAUAGUGGGCGACAGCACGACGGGUAACGUGGGACCGCCGCUGUCGUGCAACGAAAUCAAGCUGGUCAGCGUGCCGGAGCUCGGCUACCUCGCAGAAGAGGGACGCGGCGAGGUCUGCUUCCGCGGCCACAACAUCUUCAAGGGAUACUUGAAGGACGAAGCCAAGACUAAGGACACAAUAGACGAGGAAGGCUGGCUGCACUCGGGUGACAUUGGCCGUUGGAACGACGACGGCACACUGUCCAUCAUCGACCGCAAGAAGCAGAUCUUCAAGCUAGCCCAGGGCGAGUAUGUGGCUCCGGAGAAGGUGGAGAUGGCAUACCAAUGCGCGCCGCUCGUCGGCCAGGUCUUCCUGCAUGGCGACAGUCUUCAGUCGGCCUGCGUGGCCAUCAUCGUGCCCGACGAGGUCACACUACCGCGCUGGGCUACCGAGCACCACAUCGCCGGCAACAUGGAGGAGCUGUGCGAGAACGAGGCCGUGCGCAAGGCCGUUCUCUCGCAACUGACCGAGCUGGGCAAGAAGUCGGGUCUUAAAAGCUUCGAGCAGGCCAAGGCGCUGCACCUGCACCCGAAGCCGUUCACGGUCGAGGAAGAGCUCAUGACGCCCACCUUCAAGCUGAAACGGCCGCAGCUCAAGAGCUACUUUAACGACAAGAUCGAGGGAAUGUAUGCUCAACUUGCCUGAGUACAGCACGCGGGCUGCUCCCGUCCAUACUAGAAUUUUGAACUAUAUUUGCUAGAAAUUCCAUACCAGAUUACUCAUCCGUCUAAUUCGUACUCCCCCGCCAUGUCCAACUCUUUUAUUAUACAUAUCGACUCUUAAUUUAAUAUUCACCACUGCGAUUGUGGUGUAUGGCUGCUGUGAGGUAAAGAAGGCCUUGUGUAUAUUUGUGAGAUAUUGUUACCGGUUUUUCUUCGUUUAGUUCUCUGUCUCCGUGCACAUUCUUCUGUUUAGUUUAGUUUGUUCAGCUUUCGCUGUGAACAGUGUCCUGCCCUCCAACAUCUCUGGCUUGUAGCCUGAUAUCGGUCCAUAGUUCUGCACUGUAUUAGCGAGAGUAAACGAGCAGCAGCUUAUGUAACUUACUCUUGGUAUUACAAAAUAGGGAAGAAGUGGUGACUGCGGUUGCACAACUGUUGCAUUGUACAUUUACUCGGUUAUAUCAA